AUGCAGCAUCUGCCAUUAAAUAAUUUUAUUGAUUAUUCAUCAAUUGAUGAUUCAAUAAAUUUGGAAGAUUUUAUUUCCAAUAAAAAUGAUAAUCCAAUCACAUUAACAAAAUUAUUUGGCCUUCUAAGAACAUGGAAUAAUAUUGUACAUAAAAAUUUUACUAAACUUAUUUCUUUGACAUUGGAAAAUGAGGUUAAUAUUGAUGAAUUCGAUGUCAUCACAGGAAUGAAUUUAGUUCAUUUUACUUGUAAAUAUGGAGCCAAACAAUUCGGACAUGAAAAAGAAGCCAUACAAGUCAUGAAUUUACUUAUUGAAAAAGGUAUUAAUCUCACUGCUCAAUGUUUAUGGAUAAAAAUGAAUUGUCUUCAUUAUUGUGCUUUUUUCGAUUCUCCAUCUAUUUGUGAGCUUCUCUUAAGACAAUCUAAAGUUUUAAAAUUAUUAAAUCAAACGUGUGCUUCAUUUAAAAAUGGCACUCCACUUCAUCUAGCCUGUUCAGCUUUAUCUCAAUCAACUGCUCAAUUUUUGUUACAAGCUGGAGCUAAUAAAGAAAUUCUCGACGAUCAACAACGAACUCCUGCGGUAGAUUGCAUUCCAAAACCGAAUACUCAAGAACAACAAGAUAUAGCUGAUAAAUUAUUAGUUCUUCUUCGAAAUCAAGAAUGUAAACAACAACAACAACAACAGUCAUCUUUAAUCGAUUCAAUUAUAAGUAAUGCAGACAAUCAAAACGUGCCACAAUUUCAGAUAGGUGAACGUGUUCGACUAGCGAAUAAUAAAACUGGAACAAUAAAAUAUUUUGGUAGUGUUCCAUUUGGUGUCAAUCUUUGGUAUGGUGUAGAACUCGAUGAGCCGACUGGUAAACAUGAUGGAUGCAUAGGAGGAAUACGUUAUUUUACAUGUCCACCCAAUAGAGGUAUUUUUAUACAACCGUCAUCUUUACAAAGACUGACACCAGUUCCUUAUUCACCUGAACGUGAACGUCGAUUUCGUCCAAUUAAUUUUCCAAUACUUGAUACGGCUUCUGUUACGAGUCGUGUUGAUACUGGUUUAAAACGAGAAAAUUCAGCAGAUGGUCGGACAUCAGAACAUUUUCGUAUCGACGACCGCGUAUUUCUUUCUAAAAAUCGAAUCGGAACUAUAAAAUAUAUUGGACCGACAUCAUUAGGAUCUGGCACAUGGUAUGGUGUUGAACUAGAUUUACCAGAUGGUUUACACGAUGGUUUUCUAAGUGUUGAUGGGCAACGUUAUUUUCGAUGUAAGCCACAACAUGGUGUUUUUGUACGACAUUAUAAUUUGAAAAAAAUAAAUAACAACGAUCGAUUAGCACAGUCAUUAUUGCAUUCGUUAGAUCCUCAAACAAAAAUAAAUUCAAGAAUGACAACUUCGGAAUAUGAUACAACAAUGAUAGCUUCCAGUAUUAUUGAAGAUGAUGUAUUUACCAAAUCUAUGGAAUCUAGUAUGCACAGUGUAACAUUCCAUGUAGGUGACAAAGUGUAUUAUCAGAAUCAUCUCGCUAUUGUACGUUUUAUUGGUAAAACAGCAUUUGCUGAAGGUAUUUGGAUUGGUAUUGAAUUUGUAUCGCGACCACUUGGCAAAAAUGAUGGAUCUGUCAAUGGACGUGUUUAUUUUCAAUCGAAACAAAAUCAUGGUUUAUUUAUUCGACCGAAUCGUUUAACGCUGACAAAAAAAUAA